CUUUCUCCCUCUCUUCUAUCUUCUCUCUUCUUUGUUAACAAACUCCUCCUUUUCUCGCUGAUCAAUUAUACUAUCUAUCAAUCUAUCCAUCCAUCUUCAUUCUCUCUACAGCAUUUCGAGGUUAAACUCCUCUCCUCCGAUACCCUUUUCGCCCAAUCGUCGUAGACACUCUUCAACUGAAUAUCCCUUCAUCGGAUUUUCUUGAUCCAAGAAUCUAUAAUUUGGUUUGAUUGUCCUUAUUUGUAGGUCGGGUUGCUUGAGGAACAUUGCUGCAGAUUAUCUGAAUUGCUUUUUUCCAUUCUGUGAAUCCGGGAGCAGCUAACUGGGUCUUGAAACGGAUGAAGCUUUUAGUGGUUUUGGUAAUUGGUAUUCAAUUUUUUGGCUGGAUUCAGUGAUGGGUUGUACGUGUUCGAGGGUCUGGAUUGGUGAUAUUUGUGCUCCUAGAAAUGGGCAAAUCAAAGAAAGUCCGAGAGUGGGAGAGAUCUCCGUCUUCUCACCUGCUUCUUCAAAUGGCUUAAAUGGGGAAGCAAGGGAUCUGUUGAAUCAGGUGAGUUUAACUAGGGAUUCUGAGGUGGGCAUAGAUAGGCUUUCUAGAGUCUCAGCACAAUUUCUUCCUCCAGAGGGAUCACGUACUGUCAAGGUUCCAUCUGGGAAUUAUGAGUUGCAAUAUUCUUACUUAUCUCAGAGAGGGUACUAUCCAGAUGCACUUGACAAAGCUAAUCAAGAUAGUUUUUGCAUACAUACACCAUUUGGCAACAGCUCAGAUGACCAUUUCUUUGGGGUUUUUGAUGGACAUGGAGAAUUUGGAGCUCAAUGCUCACAAUUUGUGAAGAGGAAGCUAUGUGAAAACUUACUCAGGAACCGCGAACUUAACUCAGACCCUGUUCAGGCUUGUCAUGCUUCGUUUCUGACAACAAACUCGCAAUUGCAUGCUGAUACUUUGGACGACAGUAUGAGUGGGACAACUGCAAUUACAAUUUUUAUUCGUGGUAGGACACUUUAUGUUGCUAAUGCAGGUGAUUCUAGGGCUAUUAUAGCUGAAAGGAGAGGGAAGGAUGUCAAAGCUGUUGACCUGUCUAUAGAUCAAACUCCAUACCGAUCUGAUGAACUUGAACGGGCUAAGCUUUGUGGAGCUAGAGUUCUUACGUUAGACCAGAUUGAAGGACUUAAAGACCCGGACGUAGUGUGCUGGGGUACUGAAGAAGGCGAUGAUGGCGAUCCUCCUAGAUUAUGGGUAGAAAAUGGGAUGUAUCCCGGUACAGCUUUUACAAGAAGUAUAGGUGAUUCAAUUGCCGAGACAAUUGGAGUCGUUGCAAACCCUGAGAUUGUUGUGUUUGAGCUUACUCCUGAUCAUCCUUUCUUUGUGAUUGCUAGUGAUGGUGUGUUUGAGUUCCUUUCAAGCCAAGCUGUGGUUGAUAUGGUCCUACAACAUAAAGAUCCCCGUGAUGCAUGUGCUGCAAUUGUUGCUGAAUCAUACAGACUUUGGCUGCAAUACGAGACUCGCACAGAUGAUAUUACUGUGAUAGUUGUACAUGUUAACGGAUUAACUGAUGAUGCUAGUGUUCAAUCCAAAACUGCUGGUGGUAUUGUUAGAGCUCCUUCUAACCCUCAAGUUGUGGAGGUUACUGGAUCAGAAUCUCCUUCGACCACAAGCUGGAUGUCCAAGAAUCAACAUGUAAGACACGAUCUAUCGCGUGCGCGAAUCCGAGCUAUUGAGAGUUCUUUAGAGAAUGGAGCGGUAUGGGUUCCUCCAUCUCCAGCCCACAGGAAGACAUGGGAAGAAGAAGCACACAUUGAACGUGCAUUGCAUGAUCAUUUUCUUUUCCGUAAACUGACAGUCUCUCAGUGUCACGUUCUACUAGAUUGCAUGCAUAGGGUUGAGGUUCAAGCUGGAGAAGUUGUAGUUAAACAGGGUGGUGAGGGGGACUGUUUUUAUGUUGUUGGAAGUGGGGAAUAUGAGGUCUUGGCAACUCAGGAAGGAACCGAUGGAGAGGUAACUAGAGUUCUGCAAAGGUAUACAGCAGAGAAAUUGACAUCAUUUGGGGAGCUGGCACUCAUGUAUAAUAAGCCGCUCCAGGCAUCAGUACGAGCAGUGACAGAUGGGACACUCUGGGCUCUAAAAAGAGAAGAUUUUCGGGGAGUCCUUAUGUCAGAGUUUGCAAAUUUAUCCUCAUUGAAGUUGCUUCGAUCAGUAGAUCUCCUCUCAAGAUUAACAAUUUUACAGCUCAGUCAAAUUGCUGAUUCCCUCUCUGAAAUUUCCUUCUCAAGUGGGCAGAUUAUUGCUGAUAAGGAUGAAGUUCUUGCUGGAUUGUACAUUAUCCAGAAGGGUCAAGUGCGGAUUACUGUUGACGCUGAAGCAUUAAACAAGUCGAAUAUCAACAGUAUUCUUUCUGACCUGAAGAAGGAGGAUGAUGGAAUUCAAGGAAAUAAGGAACUAUGUGUAGAGAAGAACGAGGGAAGCUAUUUUGGUGAAUGGACACUUUUAGGAGAGCAUGUCGGGAUGCUGUCUGUCAUUGCUGUGGAUGAUGUUGAAUGUGCUGUUUUAUUGAAAGAAAAUUUUGAUUCCAUUGUUGGCUCCCUGACGAAGCUUUCCCAGGAUGAUCACAAGUCAAGACCAUAUUCUCUGCAUUUAUCUGAAAGAUUCUUAAAACCCAUUGAUUCUUCUGCACUGGGAAAGGUCAAGGUCAAUCUCUCUGAUGUGGACUGGAAGAAAUGUGUAUACACCACAGACUGCUGCGAGAUAGGCCUCGUUUCCUUAUGUGAUACAGGUAAAUAUCUCACUUUGAAAAGGUAUUCCAAACACAAAAUCAGAAGUCUUGGAAAGGAAGCUCAAGUACUUAAAGAGAAGAACUUGAUGAAAAGCUUAAGCUCUUCGGCAGGAGUGCCACAAGUUGUUUGUACCUGUGCUGAUGCAGCAUAUGUUGGAAUACUGUUGAAUACAAGAAUCGUAUGUCCUAUUGCUUCCAUACUUUAUAAGCCACUAAAUGAAUCCUCAGCACAGUUUUGCGCUGCCUGUGUUGUCACUGCCUUGGAAGAUCUGCACAAGAUUGGUGUUCUCUUUCGGGGUGUAUCUCCUGAUGUCCUGACAUUUGAUGAAACGGGAUAUGUGCAGCUAGUGGACUUCAGAUUCUCCAAGAAUUUAUUGGGCGAAAGGACAUUUACAACUUGUGGGAUGGUUGACUCCUUGUCCCCAGAGAUAGUCCAAGGGAAAGGCCAUGGUCUUCCUUCUGACUGGUGGGCUCUAGGAGUGUUGAUCUAUUUCAUGUUGGUUGGUGAAAUGCCAUUUGGAUCUUGGAGGGAGAGCGAGCUUGAAACCUUUUCAAAGAUCGCCAAGGGGCAGAUAACCCUGCCCGAGACUCUUAGCCACGAGGCUGUUGAUAUUAUCACCAAGCUACUGGAAGUUGAUGAAAACACAAGGCUGGGAAUGGGGCAAGGAGAUGAGGCUACCAUCAAGGGGCACCCAUGGUUUAAGGGUGUAGACUGGAAUGAGAUUAGAGAUGGAAGCAUGAGAGUUCCUCACGAGAUCCUCUCUCGUAUAAUGCAACAACUUGAGACUCGGAGCGAGGACCAGAUUGCGCCUCCAGUUCCGGGAUGUAGUAUUAAUGAAGGACUCAAUGAUGAUCCAGAAUGGCUCCAGGAUUGGUAGAGAAAUUAUUUUUCGUUGAAUACAUAUGCAUUUUUACUUGCAUGGAGCUACCUGACGAAGACAAUGUAUGUUUUAUUUUUUGAGUUUGUUUCUUGUUCUUGCGCGUUUCUGUCACAUGUAAAUACAGUUAUACAUAUAAAUCAAUUGGCUCUCUUGCAAUU